AAUGUCAAAUAAUAAUUUCGCACGAUUUUCCGAUAAAUAACUUCACAAUAAUAUAAUAACUUAUUGCUAUUUAAUUUCAAGCUAUGUUUUCUGUAUCUAAUUGGGUAUAAAUAACAAUAAAAAGUACCUUGGUAUUGAGAUAUUAAGCAAUAAAAAGGCUGAUGUAGAUGAGCAACAUGAGUAGCCAACACCAGUACAUGUCGGUGAACAGCUCCUCUAGCUCGAGGGUUGGAGACAUAGAACACAUAAGUCACUUGUCUGAGCAUAUAGGAUCUCUGUGCCUCUCGUCAGAGUAUUCAGAUGUGACACUCAUUGUGGAAGGUCAACGUAUACCCGCCCACAAAGUCAUCCUUGCAGCCAGCAGUGAUUACUUCAGAGCUCUUUUGUAUGGAGGCAUGCGGGAAGCUAAUCAGGCGGAAGUGGAGUUGCAGGCACCUUUGCUGGCUUUCAAAGCACUACUACGCUAUGUUUAUUCUGGUCACAUGGGCUUGUCGUUGCUGAGAGAGGACACGGUGCUGGACAUGCUGGGGCUCGCCCACCAGUUCAACUUCCAGGAGCUGGAGGCGGCCAUAUCGGACUACUUGCGGCAGAUUCUCGCGCUGAAGAACGUGUGCGCCCUGCUCGACGCCGCUCGGUUAUAUGGCCUGGACGCCUUGAUGGACUACUGCUACAAUUUCUUGGACAGAAAUGCCACCGAGAUACUUCAACAUGACACCUUUCUGCAGCUCUCCGUUGAAGCACUGCAGGGUCUGUUGGAGCGAGAUUCGUUCUUCGCACCCGAAGUGGACAUCUUCAAGGCCGUUUGUAAUUGGUUCAACGCCAAUCAGCAGUGGGUCAAGUCUGAAAGUGGAAUGGCUCAAGUGGAGAAGAUCCUGAAAUGUGUCCGCCUGACCCUGAUGAGCUUGGAGGAGUUGCUGACGGUGGUCCGGCCCUUCUCGCUCGUGACGCCCGACAUGCUGCUGGACGCCAUACAGGAGAAGACGCAGACGAAGAGCACCGAGCUCCGGCACCGGGGCCUGCUGUUGCCCGAGGAGAACGUGGCGGCGGCGGCCCGCGGCGCGCGCGUGGUGGCGGGCGACAUGCGCGCCGCGCUGCUGGACGGCGACUGCGACAACUACGACAUGGAGCGCGGCUACACGCGACACACCAUCUCCGACGCGCCCGACAACCCGGGCAUCGUGGUGCGCCUCGCCACCACCACCAUCAUCAACCACCUGCGCCUGCUGCUGUGGGACCGCGACAACCGCUCCUACGCCUACUACGUCGAGGUGUCCGUCGACCAGAAGGACUGGGUGCGCGUCGUCGACCACAGCACGUACUUCUGCCGCUCCUGGCAGAACCUGUACUUCGAGCCGCGCGUCGUGCAGUACAUCAAGAUCGUCGGCACCAGCAAUACCGUUAACAAGGUGUUCCACGCGGUGUCGCUGGAGGCGAUGCACAGCGCGCGCGUGCCGCCGCUGUGCGAGGGGCUGGUGCGGCCCACGCACAACGUGGCCACGCUCGACCUGUCCGCCGUCGUCAUCGAGGGCAUCAGCCGCUCUCGCAAUGCGCUGCUGAACGGCGAUACGGAGCACUACGACUGGGAGCAGGGCUACACGUGCCACCAGCUGGGCUCGGGUGCCAUCGUGGUGCAGCUCGCACAGCCCUACAUGCUGUCCUCGCUGCGCAUGCUGCUGUGGGACUGCGACUACCGUCACUACUCCUACUACGUCGAGGUCUCGCUCAACUACUGGAACUGGGACAUGGUGGCCGAUCGCACGCGAGACGCCUGCCGGUCGUGGCAAGUCAUCUACUUCCCGCCGCGGCCCGUCUCCAUCAUCCGCAUCGUCGGCACCAACAACUCCGUCAAUGAGGUGUUCCACCUGGUGCACCUGGAGUGCCCGGCGCAGGUGGAGGAUGCACGCGAAGACCCCGCAGCCAAGAAGCAGCGACCCUCCCGCGACCGAGACCCGCGCCGCAGCCCCGCUGAUGACAACGGCAACGCUGACGAGCGACGCACGCCGAGCCCGCCGAGCCCGCCGAGCGCUCCCAGACCGCCCAGCCCCCCCGCGGACGGAGCGGCGGGCGACGCGACCCCCCGCGCCGCGCUGCCCCCCGCCGAGACCGCCACCGAGGCCGAGGAGGGCUACGACGACUGAACACCGUAGCGGGAGCUCAGCAUGCUCGUGUUCUGCUGCCGGCAUGUCUGGCCGUGUUUCAAAUGAGCGUGUGACGUGUCUCGACCGUGCCCUUCGGUGACGAUUGUGAACGAUACGAACUAGUAAUCUGUCGAGAGUUCGAAAUUCAUAUACUUAUAUCGUAGCUAUCAACGCUAUGGAUAUGUAACAAUGUAUUUCGUGCAAUUAGCUUUUGUAGAAGCUAUGAAUUAUAAACAUGUUAGCAAUACUAUCGAUGCUAUAAAUACUUAUUUUUUUAAAUAUUAAUAAUGAUCGUACCACUUAUACUAUCAGUGAUUUCAUUAGUAGUGACAAUAUUAUAAAUUGUGAUGACUAACAUUCGACGUCACGAUCAAAAUUAUGUAUUCAAUAUACAUAUACUAUUGCCAUGCAGCACUAGUGCUUUAGUGUUGUAUUCUAUUAGCGUCCAAUCACUUAGCGUAUGUCCCUAGAUCGUACAUAUCAUAUUAGCUCAUUCAUAAAAUCAUACACAAUUGUAGAUUUAUAAUAAUUCAACGUGAUUAAAAUUAAAAUGCAAAGUUAGUUAUUAACACAUAGUUUAGUGUUACUCUAUUUAAUUUAUAUAAUGAUAUUUAAUAAUGGUUACCAUUAAAGUUGCAAGAAUCAAUAUGAUCACAAUCAUAAGUUUUAUAUAUAUAUAUAUAUAAUUAUUCAUAAUUAAUAUUUUUAUUUCAAUGUUCCUUCCUAUAGUCAUCUCUCAUCAAAAAAUAAUCACAUGUAAUAAUUGCUAUUUUUCAAGUGACUAUGUACUAAUGUGACAAAAGUAUAUAAUACUAAAUAGUUAUUGUUGUUGUAAUGUGAGCUUUGAAGAACGUCGUUAAUUACUGAAUAUUAACACAUUCAAAUGACAAAAACAUGAAAUUCCCGUUUAUCACAUCAAUAGUUAAAUUUAAAGCUGGUGAAAUUGCGGCAUGCUGUUACAUAUAUAAUAUUAUUAUAUAGUAAACAAGUUUUCCGAAACUCUCUGCAUCUUCUAGUAUAAGUCUUAUGUAUGUGGGCUUAGUAGCUGUUUCUGUAAUGUAUUACAAAAAAAUAUUACAGAUGUUGAACAAAAUAUGUUUUACAUCAUUUUUGUAUAAAAAAUAAACAUCUAAAAAAAGGUUACAUAAUUAAGAUGUACUAUAAAGUUUUACUAAGUAUGAAGCAGCGCCGUCUAGUAAAAUUCCAUAUAAAUCGCAGUAAAUGUCAACGCUCGAAACGAAUUUAAAUUAAUGUAAACUCAAAUUAAACAUCAUAUUUUACACAAUCACAUAUAUCACAAGCUAUUGUUUAAUAUUUAUUGAAAAUUCUUAUUAAUACAUUUUUUGUAUUAAGUAUUUAAUGUCAUGCUAUGUAAUGUAGUGAGUUAUAUAUAAAUAAAAACGCAUUGUUUUUCAUGUGUCAAAUUAUUAUAUGAGACUUGACAAAGUAUAUAUUUCAUAAUAAUAGUAAAUGCUUUACUUUGUGAGAUAAUUAAUAAUAUGCAUAAUUUAAAUGCCAGAGAUGUAAUCACUAAUGGCUGUUAUAUAAUAGUACCUUACCUUAUAUAAUAUGUUUAUUUUUGUAAAUUUCUUUCUCACUCUAAUUUGCUAUAUUUUCAUUAAUAAUUGUAACUUCGUUAUUAUAACUAUUUGUAUAAUAAAUAACCUUUCUACAUAAGCUUACUUCAGUGGACAUUCUCUCCAUGCAUUGUUGAUAUGAAUAUUGUAUAAUCUGUAAACUUUUAGUUUAAUCCUAUCUAGUCUAUUGUCUAUGACUAAACAUCUAUGAAACCUUUUCAUUAGACUUAGAAUCAUAUUUAUUUCAGUUUCAUUUUAUAAAAACCGAAUUGUGUGUUAUAAUUUUAAGUCCAUCUCGAAUUAAGUUUACAUAAUAUUUAAAAUCAUAUUUUCACAUAUUAUUUUAAUUUAAUUUAAAAAAAAUGUCUGAUAACCGACACAAAGUAUGUGAAAAUUUUGCAACAUUUUAAUAAAAAGGACUUUGUACUUAGUAUAUACAAACACUCAUAUACAUUUCCUUACAUAAAUGCUAAUGUAAAUAUUUUGUAUGGUUGUGACCAUCUGAGAGUGGAGUUAUAGAUAAGUUUUAUUAGAAUGGUAUUUUUUUUAUAUAAAUGAUAAUUGUUUUAUUUAAUAAUUAUUUUUAAUCUAAUAAGGAUGUAAGGAAUGCAAGGAAAAAAUGUAAUCUGCGUAAACAGUGCAACCUUUGUCAUAUUUUGGCUAUAGAUAAAAUAUAUAGAAAAAAAGAUUGACUUUAUUUUGGCUUGUAUAUGUGGUAAAGUUUGGGGAAUUAAAUUGCUAUGAUUAUACUUUCACUGGCAUUUUACACUAAUAUGAAUAUUAGAAUUAGAUUAUCUUCCUGUUAUAAAGUACUUAGAAUAAGCAAAAGUGAGAUUGUAAGAAGGAUAUGUACUGUGAUAAAGAUAUUGUAUCAUUCAUUGAUUAUUGUUAAGUUGAUAAAGUGAGGGUUUUAAAUUGUUGAUAUGGUGACUGGUGAUGUGUAUUCUCUCAGAGUUCUUUGGUCUAGUGAAUGACAAGCAACUAACCAUAGUGCACCCAUAGCUUGGCUAAACUUAAGUAUUCAGCAUCAUCAUGUGAAUACAAACUGCACCUGGGAUGAUACUUAAGUCGACUACUUAGUCUUACUUCCUGUUUACAUGUUGUUUUUAAAUAUAUAUCAUAUAACUA